AUGUUGGACCAAUUGACAUAUUUCCAACACUACAUAGAAAGAGUAAAGAGGUUAGUAGGACAAGAGAAGACUAAUCACAUAUUAGCCAAAGGCUUAGCCAUUGUGGUCGCAGGCAGCAACGAUCUAGCCAUCACAUAUUAUGGUCAAGGUGCUCAAUCGCUUAUUUACGAUGUUGACUACUUUACUUCAGUGAUGGCUAAUUCUGCUGCAAGUUUCGUUAUGCAAUUAUAUGGAUACGGAGCAAGACAAAUAGCAGUGAUAGGAGCACCGCCACUUGGAUGCACACCAUCACAAAGAACUCUAAAGGGAGGUCUUCUUAGAAACUGUGCUCAAGAUCUAAACUAUGCUUCUCAGCUUUUCAACGCAAAACUCUCCAUCACUUUGGAUCAAUUGGCAAAAACCCUACCAAAUUCUAAUCUGAUUUUCAUCGACAUGUACUCUCCUUUCAGUGACAUCUUGAAAAAUCCACAAGAUUAUGGGUUUGAGGAAAUAAAGAAAGGUUGUUGUGGAACUGGACUUGUGGAAGCAGGUCCACUCUGCAAUCGAUUCACAACAUCUGUGUGCUCUAACAUAUCUUCUUACAUAUUUUGGGAUAGUUUCCAUCCUACCCAAAGAUUCUACAAAAGUUUAACCAAAAUCCUUUUUGAUAGAUACAUCCACCGUUUAUCUUGA